UUUUUUUUUUUUUUUUUUUUUUCAUCAUCUUAAAAGAAAUAAACAAAAUUAGAAGAAUGUCACUUACAGAAGAUUGUAUUAGAGAAAUCUUGGAAUAUCUUUCAAAUGAUAAAAAAUCAUUAUAUUCAUGUUUACUUACAAACAGAUUAUUUUUUCGAUUUAUUGUACCAAUAUUAUGGAGAGAUCCAUGGAUAAAUAUUAAUUUGGAAAGUGUUAAUUUAAGAGAACAAAUGUACUGGAAUUUUAUUGGAAGAACGAUAUCAAAAUGUUUUUCACAAGAAAUCAAACAAUUUCCAAUUCUUUUAAAAAAUCAUAAACAAAAUUAUUUAUUACAACAACAACCAUUAUUUGAUUAUAUAUUAUAUAUUCAAGUAAUUUCAGCAGGAGCAAUUAAUAAUUUAACCAAAAAUAUAUUUGAAGAUAAUAAUAAUGAACAAAUUGAACAAAAAAUUAAUAAACAAUUUUGGACAUUUUUUAUGAAAAGAUGUUUAAAAAUCAAAUCACUUGAUAUGCCAAAUUUUAAUCUUCUUUUAUAUCCUGAAUCAAAAAAAUUCUUUUCAACAAUUUCUACUUUAAAAAUUUUUUCAUCUUAUCCAAAAGAUUUAAUUCUUGAAUUAUCAAAAAAAAUUCAUACAUUAAAUCGUAUUGUAUUAUGUUUAGAUAAUACAAUAGAAAAUUCUAAUGAUGAUAAUAAUAUUAAUAAUUUAAUUCUUUCACAAAAAAAUUUAAGAGAAUUAAAAUUUAUACAUAAUACAAGACAAAUAUUUCCUUUUAACAAAGAUUCUAUUAAUUAUCUUUCAAAAUCUUUAAAAAUUCUUGAACUUUGUAGUUGUGAUUAUUUACCUAUUCAAAAAAUUUCACCUUUUAUUAAUUUAAUUGAAUUAAAAAUUUGUUUUCGUAUUUUAUAUGAUGAUGAAAAUUUUAAUAUAAAUUUUAAUCAAAUUUCUUUACCAAAUCUUGAAAUUCUUUCUUUAAUAAAUGUUAGAGAAAAGGAUUUAUCAACUUUCACUAAUUUAAUAGAAACUACACAAGGUUCUCUUAAAAUUCUUAAUAUUUUACUUAAAACAAGAUCUUCAACUUCUUUAUCAUCUUUUUCAAUUUUAUCUUAUCUUCAAACAAUUAAAAUGAUAUGUCCAAAUAUUGAAGUUUUACCUAUAUGGUUAAUUUCUGGUAUUCCUUUAAAAGAAUUUGAAGAUUUAUUAAAAUCUUGUAAAAAAUUAAGAAAAAUUAUUAUUCAUGCUAUAAUACCACUUAAUAAGACGGUAGCAAAAUCAAUUUUAUAUUUAUUAGCUACAAAAUCUUCUUCUAAUUAUUUAAAUAAUAUUCAUUUAAUUGGUAGUUGGAAUUUUUCUAAUUUAGAUCAAGAAAUUUUUGAUUUAUGGAAAGAAAAGAAAAGAAAACCUUUGGAACUUAUUUUAAAUAAUAAUAAUAUUCAUUCAAAUUAUAUUAUUAAAUUUUUAGUAACAAAUGGUAAUAGGAAUGUAUAUAGAUAUAAAUGUAAUACUUGUUUUAGAGUAUUUUGUCGAAUGGAACAUGUUAAUCGUCAUAUUAGAAUUCAUUUUAGACAUUGUUUACACAAAUGUUGGAAUGAUUGCGAAACCUCAAUAUUGAAUUAUUAAUUAGUUGUUUAAAAUUUAAUUUAAUUUUUAGUUUGUCAGUUUCAUCGUACAAAGUGGGAGCGUAAGGAAGUAAUGUAAUUCGUAAUCCGUAAUUCGUAAUUCGUAAUUCGUAAUUCGUAAUUCGUAAUUCGUAAUUC